CACUACGGCAACAAAUCACGCUUCGUCACAUGAUAUCCGGAACCCUUGUGUUUUCACGUUUCGCGUGUUUACUGUUACAGUGUUUGUAAACUUUUUGAUUAUUUGAAGACUCAUAGAUAAAACUACGAUUGCAAUGGAACAAGAACCUCCAUUCCGUGCGAUGGUCAGAGCGAGUGGACUGGGAGAAGUCUGGACACACACUCACGAUAUUGAAAAGUUUGAUCAGUUUGGUUGGCGAUGCACGAAUAAGGAAAACUCGUUUGCAAACAGCACACUUGUAGGAAACUGGAAUGAGCAAAGGUUCGACGUAGAAAAAUUAAAAGAGGCGAAACCACUGCCAUCUCAGUAUAACCACUACUUUGAGCCAACGUAUGGUACCAACUACAACAGACAACCUUACAAAGUACCAGAGGAACUAAAACAUUUAAAAGCCCGUCACAGCCAUGCUUUCCCUGGACACCAGCCAGAAAUUGAUAGUAACUCUUCUAAAGCUGUCUACAAUAGCUGGGAGACCACAACACGCUCAUCUUAUGUCGACCCACGUAUCCGUGUUCAACCUAUCCAACCUCCCACACAGGAGAGUUCUAAAGAGGCUCCUGCUCAGUAACUUUAGAAACUCUAGGACUUGUAUUCAUAAUUUACACCCUCCAUACACAUUUUGCUGAGAGAACGUUCAUGAAUAAUUUGCUGAGAAAGUGAAAAGCAGAUUUCUUUUUAUCCUUUAUGAUAAAAGUAAAGUCAACUUUAUUGAAAAAAAAAAUCAGUUCAUUAAGUUUAUGAUUAUGUCUUCAAAUUUUUUAUCUGAUGCAUUUUUUUUAUUUUUAUUUUUUAUAAUACCCGGGAUAUGGAAAAUGAAUCUUUGUCAACACCAUUAAUUAGUAACAUGUACUGGUGAAGAAUUCUUAAAGGGAUUUAUUUAUUUCCUCUAAAUGAAUGAUCGCUUUAAAACUGCCUUCAAAUGUAUGAAAAGGUUAAUUCCAUUAUUGAAAUAAAGGAUGCGCUUUUUUAGAAAAAAUAGAAUUAUGUUUGAAUAGUUUGAAAAGAUUGUUCCGUAAUCUGGUUAUUUACCCAAAUCAUGAAAGGCUCUCGGGAUGAAAAUGUCAAGAUUGACAAACCCAGACUGAAGAUAUUCAUUGAAAUAUUCCAAAGUAUACUUCAGUAAUUUCAAACGGGAAUGAUUAUUUGAUGAAAAAUUAUGUUCCAAAAAAAAUGAAAAGGUUCUAUCAAUAUCAGACCUGAACGGUUAUAAAAGUAUAUUUUAUAUUUCUUCUACAAAGAAGAUGUUGAUUGUUAUUUUUUACAAACUUGCUUUUUAAAAAUUUAUAGUUAUAUACUUUUUUAUUUAUCAAUUCACAUGACUUUCGUUCAAAUGAGACCCUGAGUUUGUGCAGAUCUGUGAUAUUAUUUUGAGACCCAGUUUGUGCAGAUCUGUGAUAAUAUUUUGACAAAGUAACUUUUUCUUAUCAGUUUGAUUUCAUUGUGAGUGAGUGUUUAAUAGUGCUUGCUUAUGUAAGUCUCAUCUUGUAAUUGUUAUUACUAUGGAUUAGAUCAAGUCAAAACAUUAUUAUAAAAUACAAAUAUAACAAUUUGUAUCAAUUGAUCCGUAAGAUAUCUUUAAAAUGUGAUCAGUUUAAUAUUGGUCCAUGGUAGGUGCCUGUAUUAACUGUUCUGUGUGCUCUGUGAUAUCAGUAUUGGACAUUGAAUGGCCUAAUUAUUAGUUUUGAUUGCCCCUUCUUUAGAUUGGUAUUGAUCAACAUCUGUGAUACGUAAGACAUUUUAUACUUUGCUUACCAUAUUUAUCCUAAAAGAAGCCCAGGAGGACAACACGUA